AUGCAGAUCCUUGGCAUACAUGUGACGCCCGGUCAGCAAGUCGAAUUCAUUGCAUGGUCGAUCAGCACGACUAUGGCCAUUGCCAACUUUUCGAGUUUGCCUUCAUCACUCAAGGCGAGCACGGAAGUCAAUGGACCACCUAAAGACACCUCCACUGGGCUCGAGCCCCUCAUCAUGCCACUUCAGAUGCUUGUCGUCUUCCCCACCGUCUUGUAUCCCGUCAUCGCACCCCUGGUCAAGAGAUUCCGAGGACCAAUCUUUGCAGAGGCCUACAGACUCCCCAAUCUGCCAGAAAAGGUCGAUCCACAUGUUCAGCUGCUCGUCAGGCUUGGCGGUGGUCUGGCCGGCAUGCUGAUCGCCCGCGUCCUCACUCAGAGCACCUUUCGCGAGCUUGGCUACCACCUCCACGGCAUUCUGGUCCGCGAACGCACAUCCACCAUCGUCGAUACGGGCAUGUAUAGCAUCAUUCGACACCCUCUCUACGCUACCGCGCUGCUCUGGACAGCCUCGAGCUCGUUGCUGUACUGGAACUACAUCCCUCUGAUGCUCAGCGCGGCUCUGGCGACCGUCUUUGCGAUCAAGAUUCCCGUCGAGGAAAAGUACAUACUCGAGGACAAAUUGAUUGGACCCAAGUAUCGUCUCUACCAAUCCAAGGUGCCUUACCGCAUGAUCCCCUAUAUCUACUAG